AUGUCUCCUCCUCCUCCUCCUCCCCUACGAAUCGCUAUCCUCGAAUGCGAUGAACCUCUCGGCCGUACGAAGGAGAAAUAUGGUGGUUAUGGGAAUUUGUUUCGGGAACUUCUUGAAAAUGGGGCAAAGAAAUUUUUCGAAGAGGAUGAUGGCCGAAAACCUCCUGAACUCGAGAUUACGAAAUUCGAUGUUGUGAAGCAUGAGGUUUAUCCUCGGUUGGAGGAUGUUGAUGCGGUGCUUUUGACGGGAAGUCGACAUAAUUCUUUCGAAAACGACCCGUGGAUUUUGAAACUUGUGGAAUUUGUGAAGCGAGUUCUGGAGCAGGAACGUGUGAGGUUGAUUGGGGUUUGUUUUGGACAUCAGAUUGUUGGGAGGGCUUUGGGGGUGAAAGUUGAUAGGAGUGAGAGGGGUUGGGAGGUUAGUGUUGUGGAUGUCAGGUUGACGGAGAAGGGGAAGGAGGUUUUGGGGAUGGAGAAGGGGAUUAUGCCGAUUCAUCAAAUGCAUCGGGAUGUUGUGUAUGCUUAUCCUCCGCAUGUGGAGGCUUUGGGACACACGGAUCGGUGUGAUGUCCAAGGCAUGUAUGUGAAGAAUCGUUUGAUCACUGUGCAGGGUCAUCCGGAGUUUAAUGCCGAGGUUGUGGCGGAGUUGUUGGAGAGUCGGCAUCAGAAGGGGAUUUUUGAUGAUCAGACUUUCGAGGAGGGAAUGCGAAGGGUGAGGAAUUUUCAUGCUGGGCUUGAUGUUGGGGCGGCUUUUAUACGGUUUUUGUUAGAUGAGUAG